UUUUAUUAAGAGUGUGGGUGUACCUCUUAAAGAAUCUCUUGCAAAACCAAACAGCAUUUUUGUCUUUUGCUCUCAGGUUCUUGCAUUUUAAAGUACAUGGUGUAGGCCUUUUUCAUCCAACCGACUUGAAACUGGAUUAAAAAGGGCAAACCUGGGAACAUGGUGGGACCUCUGCUAGUUCAUUUGCUCUUACAAGUUGUUCUGCUGUAUGACGCUUUGGCGUGGUAUGUGAGUAUGCCAAAGAAAAUUCACGGUCUCAAAGGUUCCUGUUUGGUCAUACCAUGUUCUUUCUACUACACCUCAUACCCACCUGCAAAUCCAUAUAGAGUUGUGUGGUAUCAGCACGUCUCUAAUGGUUAUCCUUUAGUUUAUGAUCCAUGGUAUUCAGAUGAUGUAAUUUGGAAGUUCAGAUGGCAAACAUAUUUAUACGGUGAUCCUUCAAGUAGGGAUUGCAGUCUGUUGAUUGUAGGACUGGAUCAGUCUCAUCAUGGAGAGAAAUUAUACACAUGGAUUGACCCUGAAAAUGUUGGAUGGCGCACAUACAAAUUUUAUGAUGUCACCUCAACGAUUAUUGUCGAUGAUAGACCACAGCUGCCCAGCAUCAGUAUUUAUGGAGGUGAGAAGACAGGUGAUGCCAUCACAGUAGUAUGUUCAACUUCCCACACGUGUCCAUACAGCAAACCAUCCAUCACUCUGAACGGUAUAGACGGAUAUGAUCAAAUCAACGAUGAGUCUUUUAAAGACGGCCUGUGGAAAAUCACUCUGACACGCAAAGGUUUUGUAAAGGCAGAGCGCUCGACUAUUCGGUGUUCAGUAAGACAUCAUGGUGACAUAACAGUGACAGCUACAGAGAUCAAAAUUGCAAAAUGUGUUCAUCAUAAAAUAACGAUUGAGCCUGAAGUGGCAGAUGUCACAGUGAGCAUCGCAAAGAACUUCAUUUGUAGUGUCCACCAUUCCUGCCAGAAAGAGCCAACCAUCACAUGGAACUAUAACAUGCAGGUCACAACAAAGGAAAAAACACGUUCGGGUUUAAAUUGGAUCAGCUAUUCCAACAUUGCCUUUCUGGCUACAAAAGAAGAUCAUGGGAAGAAGUUGAUAUGCACUGCACGAUUUUCUGGAGGAAGCAUUACAACUUCUGCUAUUUUACAUGUACAACGUGUUCUGCUGUAUGAUGCUUUGGGAUGGGAAAUGAGUAUGCCGAAAGACAUUCACGGCCUCAAAGGUUCCUGUCUGGUCAUACCAUGUUCUUUCAGUUAUAAAUCAAACCCACCCAAAAACCCACGUAGGAUUGUGUGGUAUCAGCAGGAUUCUAAAGGUUUACCUUUAGUUUAUGAUCCUUUGCAUCCAAACAAUGUCAAUGAGAAGUUCAGAGGAAAAACUGAUUUAUAUGGAGAAUCAGAUUGGGAUUGCAGUCUGCUGAUCAAAACCCUGGAACCGUCCCACAAAGGAGAGAAAUUGUACACAAGGAUUGACCCUGAAAAUAUUGCCUGGCAAAACUAUGAAUUUGAUGAUGCUACAUCCACAGUUCUUGUUGAUGCGACUCCACAGCUGCCCAGCAUCAGUAUUUCUGGAGGUGAAAGAACAGGUGACAUCAUCAUUGUAGUAUGUUCAGCUUUCCACACGUGUCCAUACAGCAAACCAACCAUCACUCUGAACGGUAUAGAAGGAUCUGACGAAAUAAAGGAUGAGUCUGUUAAAGAUGGCCUGUGGAAAACCACUCUGACACGCACAGGUGUCGUAAAGACAGAAAGCUCGACUAUUCAGUGUUCAGUAACACAUUAUGGUGACAUAACAGUGACAGCUACAGAGGUCAAAAGUUCAAAAUGUGUUCAUUAUAACUUAACGAUUGAGCCUGAACUGGCAGAUGUCACAGUGAGCAUCUCAAAGAACUUCGUUUGUAGCGUCCACCAUUCCUGCCAGAAAGAGCCAACCAUCACAUGGAACUAUAACAUGCAGGUCACAACAAAGGAAAAAAAACCUUUGGGUUUAAAUUGGAUCAGUUAUUCCAGCAUUGCCUUUCUGGCUACAAAAGAAGAUCAUGGGAAGAAGUUGAUAUGCACUGCACAUUUUUCUGGAGGAGACAUUACAACUUCUGUUAUUUUACAUGUACAACGUGUUCUGCUGUAUGAUGCUUUGGGAUGGGAAGUGAGUAUGCCGAAAGACAUUCACGGCCUCAAAGGUUCCUGUCUGGUCAUACCAUGUUCUUUCAGCUAUAAAUCAAACCCACCCAAAAACCCACGUAGGAUUGUGUGGUAUCAGCAGGAUUCUAAAGGUUUACCUUUAGUUUAUGAUCCUUUGCAUCCAAACAACGUCAAUGAGAAGUUCAGAGGAAAAACUGAUUUAUAUGGAGAAUCAGAUUGGGAUUGCAGUCUGCUGAUCACAACCCUGGAACCGUCCCACAAUGGAGAGAAAUUGUACACAAGGAUUGACCCUGAAAAUAUUGCGUGGCAAAACUACGAAUUUGAUGAUGCUACAUCUACAGUUCUUGUUGAUGCGACUCCACAGCUGCCCAGCAUCAGUGUUUAUGGAGGUGAAAGAACAGGUGACACCAUCACUGUAGUAUGUUCAGCUUUCCACACGUGUCCAUACAGCAAACCAACCAUCACUCUGAACGGUAUAGAAGGAUCUGACGAAAUAAAGGAUGAGUCUGUUAAAGAUGGCCUGUGGAAAACCACUCUGACACGCACAGGUGUCGUAAAGACAGAAAGCUUGACUAUUCAGUGUUUAGUAACACAUCAUGGUGGCAUAGCAGUGACAGCUACAGAGGUCAAAAGUGCAAAAUGUGUUCAUUAUAACAUAUUGAUUGAGCCUGAACUGGCAGAUGUCACAGAGGGUGUCGCACAGAACUUCACUUGUACCAUCUACCAUUCCUGCCAGAAAGAGAAUCCAGUCAUCACAUGGAACUAUGAGAACAUGCAGGUCUCAGCAUGGAACAAAAAGCAUUCAGAUUUAGAUCAGUUUCAGAUUGCAUUUUCCAACAUAACCUUUCUGGGUGCAAAAGAAGACCAUGGGAAGAGACUGAUAUGCACUGCUAAAUUUUCCGGAGGAAUCAUUGAAACUUAUGUUGUUUUGCGUGUACAAGAAUAUCAAAAACCAGCGGAUCAAAUCCUGAAUGAAACCUAUUUCCAAUAUGUGGCAGAUGUGAUACCCAAGAUCACUGCGUUGCCUCGUUCAUGUGUGGUAAUACCAUGCAGUUUCAAGGCGGAAGAGGAAUAUCUCACUCGAUUUCGGGUUCUUUGGGUCACCAAAAGAGGUGGCUACAUGUUCCACACCGACCCAGUCGAUGUCUUGGACAACUUCAAAGGCCGCACAAGGCUCCUCGGAAACCCAGAUGAGCAGAACUGUACUGUGGAGAUGGAUAAUGUUCAAACUCAUGAUAAUGGGCCGUUCUGUUUUCAAGCAGAAAGAGAAAAUGAAAAAUACAGCUUCAACAACAGCUGUGUGUUCAUUAUAAUGCGGGCACCCGGCAAACCUGUGAUGUCAUCCCUCCCUGAAGACAUCGAGCCCGGGACACGCGUCGCUGUCAAAUGCUCAGUCAACCACACAUGCUCCACUCACCCUCCUGAAAUCACCUGGAGCGUCCCAACAGCCCGAGAAACUAUCAGCCACAAUCACAUGGGUGGAGGCGUCUGGGAAACAGUGUCUGCUGUGACCUUUAUUCCUACUGGAUAUGAAGAGAAAGAUGAUAUUGUCUGCACUGCCAACUUUUGGGGCGGUAAAACACAGGAAAAUACUGCCUUCCUCAGUAUUAGAAGAGUGCAAAGGCUUAAAUUGGAGACUGUCGGGCUGUAUGCCAUUGUUCCCUCACUUGUGUUCAUCCUCAUUUGCGUGCUUACUGGAGUCUUAAUAUGCAAGAGACGGCACAGACAGCCUCGUCAUGAUAUGCAAGGGAUACAUACACAAUCUGAACAGAGGAGAUCAUUUUGGAACAGAUUUUCAAGUCGUUAUAGUAUACCUGAAGGAAGAGCAGCUUGGACUAACAGAGGAAACAGAAGUGAUAUCGGGUACACUGGAAAUGCUCCUAAAAGACCACCAAAGGCUGGACAAAGGCAGAGCAUCUGGAGACGAUUUUCAAGGUAUGCUGGAAAUACUCCUGAAAGACCACCAAAGCCUGAACAAAGACGGAGCAUCUGGAGCCGAUUUUCUAGACACCAGUCACCCAGAACCAAUGCAAAUCUGAGAGCAGAAUACAAGGCAAACAACACAUGUGUGGUGUCAGAAAGCAAGCCUUUCUCGAAACCUCAUAUGCCGUCACCAAAGAGUGAGCCAAAAUCCUACCGUGGUUAUGAUUCUGGUGCUGAUUUUAUAUAUGGAAAUGCCUGAUGAAAAUAUUACAUCAUCGGGACGUGCAAAUGCUCUGACAGAUGGAUAAUGUGGUUUGGGUCCAGAUCACAUCAUUUCUCCGUCCUGUCCACCUGUUCAACAUUGUUUUAUAAUAGAAAGAUAACAAAAAGAUAAUGAAAACAAAGAUUUUCUCAUAUUAUGCUUUUUAGGAAAUGUUUCAUUUUAGAAUUAUAAAUGCAUAAAUAGUGUUUUUAUUUUUUUAUUUUUCUUUGACUCUGUAGUUUGUAUUGACUAUAAUAUGCUUAUAUGCUUCACACAUUAUUCUGUAAAAUCACUUUUUGUGAAAUGCAUUGCUUAAACUAUGCUUGUGUCCAUCAUUUAAACAUACAUGUGGUUUGUGGCUUAGGUAUUUACAUAAUCACAGUAUUUUUUGUGUCUCAAAGAUGAUUGCAUGGAUAUCUAGAACACGGAUAUCUACACAAAUACCAUUGUUGGCGAAUUUCUUUUUCUAUUUCUCUUAUAUUGUAGUAUAUAAUAAGAAUAAUAUAGCAUACCCGAUAAGACAAAAAAAAUAAAAUAAAAAAUAAAAGAACCAGCAUUCCCAUACAGUGGACGAUGCUGAAAAAGUAUGAAAUAUAAACUAAAGUUUAUUAUAGCCUACUGAAUUACACUUUUCCAUAUGUCAUAUGUCUCCAUAUGUGAGUGCAUAUGUAUGUUUGUUUGUUUGUUUAGAUUAGUUAUGUGUGUUAGCGUUUAGUUAAUAAAAGUUGUGUGCACAAAUUACAUGAGUUUCU